AUGAGAUGUGAGGAUAACAUCCGAUUUCCCUGGGAUUACCGCCAGUCGAAUUUUCUCAGCUUUGUUGAGGAAAUUAUCAGGAUUCGCACGGGUUCGAUAUUUAUCCCUGGGUACGAUUCGGACUUUUUGACGUUUUCCUUCGCGGUCCCUGAUCUGCUAUCUCUCUCUCUCUCUCUCUCUCUCUCUCUCUCUCUCUCUCUCUCUCUCUCUCCCUAUGCCGCGUCUGCCGCUUCUCUCGCCCGGGAACUGACAACAUCUAUCUAUCUAUCUAUCUAUCUAUCUAUCUAUCUAUCUAUCUAUAACAGACAACGAAUAGUAUUUAUUCCUUCACUCCAUGUUCCUCCAUUAUUUGUUCCCUCACUCCGUGUUCCCCCAUUCCAGGUUCCUGCAGUAAGUUUUCUCUAUUCCUUGAACAUCAGAGGUUUAUUCCUCCACGGCAUGUUCCUCCAUUAUUUGUUCCCUCACUCCGUGUUCCUGCAUUCCAGCUUCCUUCAUAAGUUUUCUCAAUUACUUGUACAUCAAUGGUUUAUUCCUUCAAUCCAUGUUCCUCCAUUAUUUGUUCCCUCACUCUGUGUUCCUCCAUUCCAGGAUCCUUCAGUUUAUUCCUUCACUCCAUGUUCCUCCAUUAUCUGUUCCCUCACUCCGUGUUCCUCCAUUCCAGCUUCCUUCAGUAAGUUUUCUCUAUUCCUUGUACAUCACUGGUUUAUUCCUUCACUCCAUGUUCCUCCAUUAUUUGUUCCCUCCUCCGUGUUCCUUUUCAUUUGUUCUCUAUUCUUGAACAUCAGAGGUUUAUUCCUCCACGGCAUGUUCCUCCAUUUCAGGUCCUCCAUUCCAGGAUCCUUCAGUAAGUUUUCUCUAUUCCUUGUAAAUCACUGGUUUUAUUCCUUCACUCCAUGUUCCUCCAUUAUCUGUUCCAUGACUCCGUGUUUCUCCAUUCAUUCCUCCAGAGGUUUUAUCUCUCUCCACAUCACAGGUUUAUUCCUUCAUGUUCCUCCAUUAUUUGUUCCCUCACUCCGUGUUCCUCCCUUCAUUUUCUCUAUUCCUUGUACAUCACUGGUUUAUUCCUUCACUCCAUGUUCCUCCAUUAUUUUUCCCUCACUCCGUUUCCUCCAUUCCAACCUUCAUCUCUAUUCCUUGAACAUCAGAGGCUUAUUCCGCCACGGCAUGUUCCUCCAUUAUCUGUUCGAUCACUCCGUGUUCCUCCAUUCCAGGUUCCUUCAUAACAUUUCUCUAUUCCUUGAACAUCAGAGGUUUAUUCCUUCACUCCAUGUUCCUCCAUUGUUUGUUCCCUCACUCCGUGUUCCUCCAUUUCAGGUUCCUUCAGUUCCUUCAGUAAGUUUUCUCUUUUCCUUGAACAUCAAUGGUUUAUUCCUUCACUCCAUGCUCCUCCAUUAUUUGUUCCCUCACUCCAUGUUGCUAUAUUCCAGGUUCAAUAAUAAGUUUUCUCUAUUCCUUGAACAUCACUGGUUUAUUCCUUCACUCAGUGUUCCUCUAUUAUUUGUUCCCUCACUCCGUUUGCCGCCAUUCCAGGUCCCUUUAGUAUGUUUUCUCUAUUCCUUGUACAUCAAUGGUUUAUUCCUUCACUUCAUUUUCCUCCAUUAUUUGUUCCCUCACUCCGUGUUCCUCCAUUCCUUGUUCCUUGUUCCUCCAGUAUGUUUUCUUUAUUCCUUGUACCUCACCGAUUUUUUCCUUUACUCAAUUUUCCUUCAUUAUCUGUUUCUUUAUUCUUUUUUCAUAUGUUACUUCAUUCCUUAA